CCUUUUACAGAACUUCUGAAGAUCGAUACGUGACCUGGGCAAUUUACAUAUACAUGUAUGUGCUUUCCGCAGUAGUAGUAGUAGUACUUGCCCGGCUACUUGCAACUGCACAUACAAUUAUGUAGCUGCUAAUCUGCAGUGAACUGAGCAGAUAUAAGACAGGUUGAGUGAUCGAGUAAUAGCCAGAAACAAAGAGCUGCACAAGAGAAACAUUAAAAUUCGGAGUGGGCUCUUUGGUCAGGUUAUAUUCCUUGGAAGCAGCAGUAGUGAUUGGAACUGUAGAGUACGAGUCGUAGAGUGUACUUGCCAACUAUGGUUGAUUUGCACUCACUUGAGUCUUUUGGUGCUAGCGCAUCACAGCCCUCUCGAACUGUCCAUCCCAGCCAGAAUUGUUGUGAGUCCGAGAAGGCCAUCCCGGGAAAUAGAGUAUUGGAGGGAGGAAGUGCGUUGCAAUCAUCAUCGUUUCAAAUAUACCCCACCCACCAGGCCACAAACAAGAAGGAAGCGUCCCAGAUCUGUCCAACAUCUACAAUGAUGAGUCAAAUGUCUUCCGCUGUUGAUCCCUACACAUCAUUGUAUUCUGAAAGUCCGGCGUAUAUGUUGCACGCGACUGGCCCCAGGGCUCCCCGUCAGCCUGUUCAGACACACUUUUAUCCUGGAUUCUUCCCUGCGGAUCAAGCCAGUUUUAAUGGACCUAUUCGCAGGCCGAGAACGGGAAAACGACGCAAAGGCGUUCAGCAGCUGAUCACAGCAUUCGACGUUCUCAGAUCACGGCUCUAUGUUUACCCACCUGAGCGACAUCUUAGCAAGAUUGAGACUCUGCGGAUGGCAAUUUCCUACAUCAAAGACCUUGAACGACUGCUGAAACAAGCGGACGAUAGCAACCCUACGCCUGGGCCUGACAGUGAAUCGUCAACUUCUAAAAGUGAUAAAGAAGUGGAAGUUUCCUCUAACGCUUCGCCGAAGAACAAUGCUUCACCAGGUCCUCAAACUGACUCAUUGACCAGGAACACGGUAACAGGAGGCAAGGGAUCACAAGAAACUAGCGAGAAAUCUCAGACAGAUUAUGACUUGCUGACAGCGGGUAGCAAGGUCUUUCCUGAAAUGAAAUCAACACCAGACCUGAGAAGUGUUAAUCUCAGCCCUGGUUUUCAGAGUGACUGCAGUGAGCUGAGAAGAGUGCUCUCGCAGUCAUCCAUUUUCUCCACAGCUAGCUGCCCGGAGUCUGCGCAACAACUGGGAAGAAAUCAUCUGACAGCGAGAGAGACAUUGAGUAAAAGUAAUGGUCUCUCCCACCAUCUAUUCUCCUCAUUGAACGGAAUAGACUCACCACUUUCACCCGCAAGUCAGGCAGCGCCAAGGUCUCCACGAACUUUUCACCAGCCAUGCAGGGAUUUGGUCAAGUCAGCUUCUACCGACCUGCACUGUGAAGAAAGAAGGGAAGCACUGGCAAUGGCCAGCCACGCUCACUCAUCCUACAUCACUGGGCAGUGUGCAGCAGACGGUCUUCUAUUUUCCCGACAAGACAGCCAGAGAGGAACUGUGGAAUUAACGCCGCUGUAUGAACCACAGCUAUUUGUCCCAUCAUCUCACAUCGCCACAAGUAUGAAUAAUACCACCAUCGUGGCUACAUCGUCUCUACUUUGCAGCGCUGAUGAGUCUCCGCUAAUGCUCCCCAAUCCUCUCUCCCCAGAUCAGAGUCUAGACGGCGAAGAUGUGGACAUGUUCGACAUGAUAGAGAAAAUGCUCUCUGACAGCGAUAGUGAAUCUUUCGAUCCAUGGAUAUCUCUAUGAAUCUAGGGGCUUUGGCCGACAGAAACUGAACAAUGCUCCUCUACUACGGAUGUCAAGGACGGCGGGAUAGGAGUAAGAAUUGAUCGAAGAUUAGUUAGUGCAGUCAACAGCUGCCUUGUGCUUUUGUGAACAUACUUUUUCCAUAAUAAUCUGAACAGUAGUGAGUGACGUUAGAGAAUGGCCACACCUUUCCCCAUUGUGCAGAGUUACUCGAGCACAGAAGAGGAGGUAAUCUCCUAGCACAAUUGACGCUCACCGUUACCUAUUUCAGCGCAGAAAACCUGACGGACUAAUUUCAAUUUUACUUGUCCUUUAGAGUUAGUAAACACACCUUUCCCAAUCAAAUCGCCAGCAUGUACUGGAUUACCGUUCUAAUUAUUUCACAUCCUUCACUAUUGUUUGCUUAAUUCUUCCUAUCCUCUACGUGCACCAAUACGAUGUGAGACCCGCUUAUGCACCGAUUUUAUCCUUGACCAUUGCUUGAAGCAAGAUCACAAAUUAUGCGAUGUGCCAAUCUA